AAUCACAAGAAAUCCAUUACUAUUUCAACUCUUUUAAGAGAAAAUAUGGGGUUCUCACUAAAGCUCUGUCCAUUGGUCUUCGUGCUUUUGUCCUUCCUUGCUUUUUCGUUCUCUUCAUCGUUUUCUUCUUCUUCAGCAACACAGCUCUGCUCUCACGAGCAUGCCACAGUGUUGUUGCAAUUCAUUAGUGCUUUUUCCAUCAAUAAGAGUGCUUCUUCUGGGUGUGAAUAUUUUUCUGGUGUCAAAUCUUACUCUAAGACACUGUCAUGGAAGGAGGGUACAGAUUGUUGCUUCUGGAACGGGAUCACAUGUGACAAUGUCACAGGUAAUGUAAUUGAUCUUGAUCUCAGCUGCAGCAAUCUUUAUGGCUCCUUGCCUUCCAACAGCAGCCUUUUUCUCAUCAAAAGCUUGCAAAGCCUCAAUCUUUCCAACAAUGAUUUUAACCUUUCCAAGAUUCCAAGAGAAAUUGGUCAGUUUGUGAGCUUAAAACACCUUGACCUUUCUUAUUCUGAGUUCUCAGGACAAGUUCCGAACGAGAUCACCCACCUUUCUAAUGAGAUAAGAGAACUUAUCCUUAGUGAAGUGAACUUGUCAUCUUUGAAUCCUCGUUACGUAAUGAAUCUUUCUUCUUCUUUGAUAAAUCUUGACCUUCGUUUUUCUGACUUAAAAGGAAACUUUCCACACAACAUUCUCCAGUUUCCAAAUCUUAGGAUUGAAGGCCAAAUUCCUAAAUGGAUGUGGAAUGUGGGGAAGGACACUUUGAGAUAUCUAGAUCUUUCUCACAACUCCUUGAUGGCUUUAGAGCAGAUCCCUUGGAGGAACAUUGAAUUUCUUGACAUCCAAUCCAAUAUGCUUCGAGGAGUAUUUCCAGUUCCACCAAUUAAAAUGAUCUGCCUUUUUAUCUCAAACAAUCACUUGUCUGGGGAGAUUUCUUCUGAACUUUGCAAAGCUAAUUCCCUUGAAAUUCUCGACCUUUCACACAACAGCUUAAGUGGGAUGAUUCCAAAUUGCCUUCCUGACUUGAGCAAAAAUCUUUCAGUGUUGAAUUUACAAGCAAAUAGGUUUCAUGGAAAUAUGCCAUCAAUGUUUCCAAAGGGAUGCAAAAUACAAAAUUUCAAUUUGCGUGGAAAUCAAAUGGAAGGCCUAUUACCUAGAUCCUUGCUGAAUUGUAGCGAGUUGGAGGUUCUAGACAUCAGCAACAACAACAUAAAGGACACAUUCCCCCACUGGUUGGAAUCACUUCACAAGCUACAAGUGCUUAUUCUAAGGUCAAACAAAUUUCAUGGUUUGGUGCACAAUACCAAAGCAAAUUCAUCUUUCCCCAAGUUACGGGUUUUGGACCUAUCUAACAAUAAUUUUGUUGGUCCUUUGCCUGUGCACUACAUUGAAAAUCUCAAAGCUAUGGUAAAUGCUCAUGAACAUGGCAACAACUCCGCACAAUACAUGGGCGGAAGAUUUUCAUAUGAAUAUUCAGUAAUGGUGACAAUGAAAGGAUUUUUCAUUGAACUAGAAAAAGUUUUGACCAUAUUUUCAAGCUUUGAUCUCUCAAAAAACAAGUUCAGCGGAGAAAUACCAAAAGUUAUUGGCAAGCUUAGUUCUCUCAAAGGACUUAAUCUUUCUCAUAACAACCUUAGUGGUUUUAUCCCACAUUCACUUGGGAACUUGACAAAUCUCGAAUGGUUGGACCUAUCUUCCAAUGAGCUAGUUGGGGAAAUUCCACAAGAGUUGGUAUCUUUAACAUCACUUUCUGUUCUAGACCUUUCCAACAAUCAACUUGAUGGAUGUAUACCACAAGGCAAUCAAUUCAACACCUUUGAAAAUAGUUCGUAUGAGGGAAACCCUAGAUUAUACGGAUUUCCAUUAACAAAAUCUUGUGAUGGAAAUGGGAUGCUGCAACAACCACUAGGCUCCUUCCAUGGAAAAGAUCAUGAGUUAUGGGAAUUUGGUUGGAGAGUUGUGCUGCUAGGGUAUGGAUGUGGAUUGGUGUUUGGACUACUAAUGGGGUAUAUUGCCUUCCAAAUUGGAAAACCAAAAUGGUUUGUGACUUUGUUUGCUGGCCAACAUAUCAAAAAGCAAGGAAUGUGAAGAAAGCUUGAACAUGUGCUCAAAGAAGAACUUACUUGCAGAUUUGUUGACUAAGACCUCAGUGUUUCCUAAAUGUUCUUGUUUUGAUUGAAUUGUGUUUUUUUAUGACAUGCAUAAUCUUUUCAUCUUCUCUUUGUACUUUGUAAUUCUCUGUCUCUGUUAGAAAAUACGUUUAAAAGGUCAGCUCAAUGUAAUUACUGUUGAAUACAAUAAACUUAAAUAAAUUUC